AUGUCAAAUAAUUCACUUGAAGAAUUUGAAGGUCUGCAAGAAAUGUCGAAUAAUUCAUUUGAAGAAGAAUUUGGAAGUAUGCAAAAAAUGACAAAUAAUUUGCUUGAAGAAGAAGAAUUUGGAGAGCUGAAUAAUAUUCCGAAUGAUUAUAUUAAUUACUAG